CCCACGUGGCACUUGAGACGGUGCCCGGGGCAGCAGCAGCAGCAGCGCGGGAGACAGCAGGAGCUGCGGUGGGGCUGCUUGGAAAGAGGCUCCACGGCGGCGAGGGAGGAAGGGAGACGGCGGCACCCCUUUCCCUGAGCGGAGACAGGCACAGGUAAAGUGAAGCAAUGAAGCCUCUGCUGUGCAGACCUCAAUCCUGCAGGAACUCACCUGAGCAUAAUAGCUGACCUCAUGCUCUGUCUCGAGUGACUUGUCUUUGGCAUUAUGGCGGCACUUCCCAGCAACAGCUUUGAUUCCAAUGGCAGAUCAUUUCUGCCCAGGGACAGCAGCCGAAUGAAGACUGAUGGGCACGUGAAGGAGCUUUUUCAUGAAGAAGCACAACAGGGUUCUCAGAUGCACAAUAGACCCUGGUGGAAGAUACAACUUUUUGUUUGGGAACCGGUGCUCUUUGGAACUUGGGAUGGAGUAUUUACAUCUUGCAUGAUCAACAUUUUUGGAGUAGUUCUCUUUCUGAGGACAGGAUGGUUGGUGGGAAACACUGGCAUUCUAAUGGGCAUGUUCUUAGUGUCCUUUGUCAUCUUGGUGGCCUUAGUGACAGUUUUAUCUGGCAUUGGAGUUUGUGAACGGUGCAGCAUUGGUAGUGGAGGAGUCUACUCAAUGAUUUCUACUAUCCUUGGAGGUCAAGUUGGAGGGACCAUUGGCCUCCUUUAUAUUUUCGGUCAGUGUGUUGCAGGUGCUAUGUACAUCACUGGAUUUGCUGAAUCAAUCUCUGAUCUCCUGAGCCUCAGUAACAUUUGGGCAGUAAGAGGCAUCUCAUUUGCUGUCCUACUGGGAUUGCUCGGAAUUAACCUUGCGGGUGUGAAGUGGAUAAUCCGUCUCCAGCUGCUGCUGCUCUUUCUACUAGCUGUUUCCACACUGGAUUUUGUUAUUGGAUCUUUCACCCACCUUGAUCCAGAACAUGGUUUUGUUGGCUAUUCAAAGGAGCUUAUGUUGAAUAACACCCUGCCAGACUACAGCUCUGGGGAGUCUUUCUUCACUGUCUUUGGAGUGUUCUUUCCAGCUGCCACAGGGGUGAUGGCUGGGUUCAAUAUGAGCGGUGAUCUCAGGAAGCCUGCAACCAGUAUCCCUCUAGGAUCCCUAUCUGCUAUAGGCAUUUCGUGGUACCUGUAUAUAGUUUUUGUGUUUUUGCUGGGAGCCAUUUGUACCCGUGAAUCACUCCGCUAUGAUUUUAUGAUAGCAGAAAAGGUGUCCUUGGUGGGCUUCUUAUUCUUAAUUGGUUUAUACAUUUCAUCUUUAGCGUCCUGUAUGGGAGGUCUCUAUGGUGCACCCCGAAUCCUUCAGUGCAUUGCUCAAGAGAAAGUGAUCCCGAUUCUUGCAUUCCUUGGACGAGGGGUAAUACACAAGGAACACAGAUUCAUCUGCCUUCUCUUUUCAAACGGACCAAACAAAACUCCAGUGGCUGCAAUCUGUCUAACAAGCCUUAUCACCAUGGCUUUUAUAUUCGUUGGCCAAGUGAACGUCCUUGCUCCAAUAGUUACAAUAAACUUCAUGCUUACAUAUAUUGUAGUGGAUUACUCCUACUUCUCUGUUUCCAUGAGCUACAACCUUCAGCAGAACUUCAAAAGAAUGCACAGAGGGGAUUCCAGGCGUGUGCUCGGCUGCUCUCGGCCUUUAAUACUUGACAGACCUUCCUGCUAUGGAUCAGAUGGAAUAAUUCAAAAUAGGUCAGACGGCACCUUGCUAGAAUUCACAAAAGACAUGGAUCAUAUUUUUAGGCCUGACAGUAAAGACCCAGGGACUGGUAAUGAGCCCAGUGAAAAGGACAAGGAUAUCGGCCAAACAAUCAAGAGGAGAAAGCAAAAGAUUGCAGCCAAACAAACGUUACAGGACAGCUUUCUCUUGGAUCUCAAUAAUCACAUUGUUCUUCCUCAGGAUCUUUGCAGUGACAUCCUGGAAUCCAGUGACCAAAAUAUACAGCCUUUUCCAGAACCAAGUCACCGGGUUGAAGAGGGUGCCUCUGCGUCUGCAUAUAUAGAAGACAAACAGAAGUAUGACCAACAUGCAGGGCAGCCUUUUGAUGAGAUGCAGAGUAUUUCCAGUAAAAAUGUGGAAGAUUUAACUGUAAAGCAACAAUGCCAAGAAUUAGAGAUCCAGAAAAUGCCAACAUCUUUCUACUCCAGACUCUGUAAUCAUUGGGUUUCCCUUGUUGGUGCAAUAGGAUCUCUUGCCAUCAUGUUUGUCAUUCAGUGGAUCUACACCCUAGUUAACUUGGGAGUCGCAAUUAUUCUCUAUUUCUAUAUUGGCCAAGUGAGUCCAGGACUACCGCCUGGUGCAGCAGCAAACUUCAGCUUUUUCAAAUGGAUGAAGCUACUUUUCUUUAAUGCCUGCAGGGGAAGGCCAUCCCCGGAGGAACGAUUUGUUGUGACACCAUCCUUUGCAACAGUUGGCAUGGAGACCACUCAGCUCACUGAAGAGAAUACAGAUUUUGCCUCCCGGGACCGCUACCACCAUUCCUCUAUCAUCACCAGAGAAGAGUUUGUUAAUCAAUUCCAAGGAAAAAACGACAUGCCAUUCACUCCACCAGCCAAUUAAAAACACUGAACAGAGACACACCACCUGAUUAAAAGGCUUGCCCUUUUACAAUUGAUUUUAAUGAAUACUGAAGCUUCCAAUUAAAGAGGGGGAAAAGGGGGCAAGGUUUACAGCUCUGGCUUCCAAAUCCUAGUGUGUUUGUGAGAGAGAGAGGGAUUGUGUGUGGGGAGAGAAUGUAAAACCUUUCCAGGUCUUUUGGAUAUUUCUGUGCAAUAACUUCACAGUUUUGUUGAAAAUAUAAAACAACUGUCUAAAUUGUU